ACCAAUCCCGGAGCGGAGUAAUGACUAACUGAGCUUCCUCCGGGAGGGAGGAAACAGUUAAAGUCUUACAGCAGCUGUAAUCAUCGAGGCGUGGUUCUCCUGUCUGACUCGGGCUACACAGAUCCUGGGCCAAGGGGCAGAGACUUCCAGAUGGCUGAGUUGGAUCUGAUGGCUCCAGGGCCGCUGCCCGAGGUCACCGCUCAUUCUCCAGCCACUCUCAGCCCAGACUCUGGGUCGGCCAGCCCGGCAGAAGAAGAGGACAUGGGCUCCCUGGGGAGUCCCCAGGGGGAGACUGAGGGUCAGGGCAGCAGCUCCAUAUUGCAGAGGGGUCCUGCUGGCGAGGAGGAGGGGGAGAUCCUGUGUGACUUCUGCCUCGGGGCCAGCAGGGUGAGGGCAGUGAAGUCUUGCCUGACCUGCAUGGUGAAUUACUGCGAGGAGCACCUGCGGCCGCACCAGGAGAACAGCAAACUGCACAGCCACCAGCUGACUGAGCCGGUGAAGGACCGGGACCUGCGCACCUGCCCUGCCCACCACAGCCCCCUGGUCGCCUUCUGCCACCGUGAUCAGCAGUGCAUCUGCCAGGAGUGUCGCCAGAGCGAGCACAGGGGCCAUGCCUCGGUUUCCCUGGAUGCUGCCCGCAGGGACAAGGAGGCUGAGCUUCGGGGCACCCGGUUGGACCUGGAGCGGAAACUCGAGUUGAAUGAAAACGCCAUCGGCAGGCUCCAAGCCAACCAUAAAUCCGUUUUGGUAUCAGUGUCAGAGGUGAAGGUGGUGGUCGAAGAGCAGUUUGGGGAACUCCUCGCUGCCAUGAGGAAGGCCCAGGCCGACGUGAUGCUCUUCUUGGAGGAGAAGGAGCAAGCUGCUCUGAACCAGGCCAAUGGCAUCAAGACCCACCUGGAGUACAGGAGUGCAGAGAUGGAGAAGAGCAAGGAGGAGCUGGAGAGGAUUGCGGCCAUCAGUAACACUGUCCUGUUCCUGGAGGAGUACUGCAAGUUCAGGAACACCGAGGACAGUGCCUUCCCUAGUGUUUACAUAGGACUCAAGGAUAAGCUCUCAGGCAUCCGCAAGGUCAUCACGGACUCCACUGUGCACUUAAUCCAGUUGCUGCAGAACUACAAGGAAAAGCUCCAGGAGUUCGCCAAGGAAGAGGAGUAUGACAUCAGAACUCAAGUGUCUGCUGCUGUUGAGCGCAAAUAUCGGCUCUCAAAACCUGAUCCCAGCACCAGGCAACAGUUCCUCCAAUAUGCGUGUGACCUCACCUUGGACCCCGACACGGCACACAGGUAUCUCCGGCUGCAGGAGGACAAUCGCAAGGUCACCAACACCACACCCUGGGAGCACCCGUACCCGGACCUCCCGAGCAGGUUCGUGCACUGGCGGCAGGUGCUGUCCCAGCAGAGCCUGUACCUGCACAGGUACUAUUUUGAGGUAGAGAUCUCCGGGGCCGGCACCUACGUUGGCCUGACCUGCAAGGGCAUCGACCGGAAAGGGGAGGAGCGUAACAGUUGCAUUUCUGGAAACAACUUCUCUUGGAGCCUCCAUUGGAAUGGGAAGGAGUUCACGGCCUGGCACAGCGACACGGAGACCCCGCUCAAAGCCAGCCCUUUCCGGAGGCUGGGGAUCUACGUCGACUUCCCGGGAGGGGUCCUCUCCUUCUAUGGCGUGGAGCCUGACGCCAUGACUCUGGUUCACAAGUUUGAGUGCAAGUUUUCAGAGCCGGUCUACCCUGCCUUCUGGCUUUCCAAGAAGGAAAACUCCAUCUGGAUUGUGGAUCUGGGAGAGGAACCUGAGAAGCCAGCGCUGACUUCAGUGGAGGCUGCUGUGUAGACCCCAGCGUCCAUAUCCUAGACUUUUGCCAACCACGAAGAUGGGGCAGCAGCCUGGAUUUUAAGGGUGACUUGGGGGCAGAGAUCUCUGCCAGUGGUGGCUGGCUUUAGAAAUCAUGUGGGUCCCUGCAUGAGCCUUCUCCCUUUUGCUCCAUGCUGCACUGUUCUCCAUAUGUCUGUGGUAAUCCUCAGGUGUCUGAGUCCCCUUCAUCAUCGUCGAGUGAUAGUCUCCUAUCUGCUCAGGUGAACAUCACACUGUGCCCAGAAUUGGCACCAGGAAUCUUCUGAGCGAUCAGAAAGAUUGCCGAGUAAUCAUAAUAAAUUGCUAACUUGAUUGUGCAUUUCCUACGUCCCGGACACUGAUCUGAGUGCUUUCUGUGCAUUGACUCAACCCUCACAGCUGCCCCGUGGGGUAGAUGCUCAAAUCAUCUCCAUUUUGCAGAUGGGGAAAUGGUGUUCCAGGGGGGUUAGUUAACUUGCUCAGAGUCAUUGUGGUCACACGGUGAGUGAGUGGCAGAGCUGGGAUUCAAACGUGGGCAGGCGGACACCGGGCUUUUAACCACACCCCAUGCUGCCUUCCUCAUUAGACCAUGGGUGUUGUGUGUAAGGGAAUAAACUACACGAUGAACUACAUGGUAUGGAAACUGAGUGUCUUAAAUGCUCAAUCUCUUUGCAUGCCCCACAUCUGACUGGGCCAUGCAGCCGUGCAGUGCAGAGAGCUCACUACCUCACACAGCACCUCAUCCUGUGUUUGGACAGAGAGGAUUAUAAAAAAUGUCUUAGUAGAGUCCAAGUCUUAGUCCCUGUGGCCUCUGG